CCGACCCGUAAACGGAGGUGAAGAUCCAAAAGCACCCCCAUUCACAUUCUCUCUCUAAAACCCCUCUCUAUUUCUCUUCUCAAAAAUCCAAAAGCUCCUUUAGCGUAACUUCUACUCCUUCCAUGGCGAACAGCAAUCUACCUCGAAGAAUCAUCAAGGAGACACAGCGGUUGCUUAGCGAACCAGCUCCUGGGAUAAGUGCAUCACCAUCAGAAGAGAAUAUGCGUUAUUUCAAUGUCAUGAUCCUUGGUCCAUCACAAUCUCCUUAUGAAGGAGGAGUCUUCAAAUUGGAGUUAUUUUUGCCUGAAGAAUAUCCAAUGGCUGCCCCCAAGGUUCGAUUUCUCACAAAGAUAUAUCACCCUAACAUUGACAAGCUUGGCCGAAUAUGUCUUGAUAUACUUAAAGAUAAAUGGAGCCCUGCUCUUCAAAUUCGCACUGUACUUUUAAGUAUUCAAGCACUUUUGAGUGCUCCAAACCCAGAUGAUCCAUUAUCUGAAAACAUAGCAAAACACUGGAAAUCUAAUGAAGCUGAAGCUGUUGAAACAGCAAAGGAAUGGACCCAUAUGUAUGCUAGUGGAGCCUAACACAGGUGUCAUGUUUUUUUUCUCUUAAGAAAAUAAUAUGUAUAAUUAGAUAUUUUAAUUCACAAUUUCUAUUAGGGAUAAAAGUUUCAUUUUAUUUUGAGAUAAAUUACUCUCAUGUUAUAUUUUUCAUUGGGUGGAACAAAGGAAAAUUGUAAUUUUUUAUUUGUUCGAUAUUGGUUGGUUACUUAUGCGAUGUUUGAUAACCUCUGAACGAAUCAAAAACCUCUUAACGGUUUAAGAACCCUACCUUUUCUUAAUCAUUCGGUUGGAAUCAUUCAACACAGAUUAGUUUUAUUAAAUAGGUUGAAUGUAUGUCAAACGUCUGUUAUUUCUUUGUUGUGGUUACUGAAACAAAUGGUGU